CCCCCUGCAGCCCCGCGUAUCAGACCGGAGCUGAAGCCCACCGUCUCACUCCGCUCAGAGGACUGUAAUGUACAGCUAAGGUCCCGGAAUCCACGAUGUUAGACAACGACGAGUCUGUGUUGGAGAGCCGCCCGCGGGAGCUGACCCAGAACCCGCUCCGGAAGAUCUGGAUGCCGCACAAGAACGGCCACAUAGCGCAGAGACGCGUAUGUAUGACAAACUGUCCAACUCUGAUUGUGACUGUUGGACUUCCUGCUCGUGGGAAGACUUACAUUUCAAAGAAGCUCACUCGUUACCUGAACUGGAUUGGUGUGCCAACCAAAGAGUUCAAUGUUGGCGACUACCGGAGGGAGUGUCUGAAGAUCUAUAAGUCCUUUGAGUUUUUCCGUCCAGAUAAUGAAGAAGGGGUAAAAAUCCGAAGUCACUGUGCUACAUCGGCACUCAAUGAUGUUCGCCAGUACCUGAGCGUUGAAGGAGGACAGGUUGCGGUGUUUGAUGCAACAAAUACCACAAGGGAAAGAAGAGAAACCAUCCUCAAGUUUGCUGAACAGAAUGGGUUCAAAGUGUUUUUCGUGGAGUCUGUGUGUGAAGACCCAGAUGUCAUUGCCCAAAAUAUUGUGCAAGUUAAACUGGGAAACCCAGAUUACAUACACUGCGACGGCGAAGAGGCCAUUGAAGACUUCAUGAAGAGAAUCAAGUGUUACGAGUCAUCGUAUCAGCCCCUGGAUGAGAAUCUUGACAGGAAUUUGUCUUAUAUAAAGAUUAUGGAUGUGGGCCGUCGCUACCUGGUGAACCGUGUUGCCGACCACAUCCAAAGCCGUAUUGUCUACUAUCUAAUGAACAUCCAUAUCACUCCGCGCUCCAUCUACCUCUGUCGCCAUGGAGAGAGCGACCUCAACAUUAAAGGACGCAUUGGUGGAGACUCCGGGUUGUCUCCCAGAGGAAAAGAGUUUGCCAAACGUCUGAGGAAUUUCAUUGAGGAACAAGAAAUCAAAGAUCUGAAAAUCUGGACGAGUCAGAUGAAGAGAACGAUCCAGACAGCAGAGUGCCUUGGAGUUCCAUACGAACAGUGGAAAGCCCUCAAUGAAAUUGAUGCCGGUGUGUGUGAGGAGAUGAUGUAUGAGGAAAUCCAGGAGCAUUUUCCACAGGAGUUUGCAAUGAGAGACCAGGACAAAUACCGCUACCGCUAUCCAAAGGGAGAGUCCUAUGAAGACCUGGUGCAGCGACUGGAGCCUGUGAUUAUGGAACUGGAGAGACAAGAAAAUGUCCUCGUCAUCUGUCAUCAGGCCAUCAUGCGCUGCCUACUUGCUUAUUUCCUGGACAAGACCGCAAAGGAGUUGCCUUAUCUCAAGUGUCCUCUGCAUACCGUGUUGAAGUUGACUCCCAUAGCAUAUGGAUGUAAAGUGGAGUCCGUGUAUCUAGCUGUGGAUGCUGUGAACACACACAGAGACAAACCAGAGAAUGUGAAUGUGCAGCGCAGCACAGAAGAUGCUCUGCAGACAGUCCCAGCCCACCUCUAGUUUCUGCAUUUCCUGCUGCAGCCAAGACCUCAUGCGACUCGGUUCAGACCUCUGGACAUCACAGAAUGUGAACGGUGCUGUUCAGCUGCUUCUGUGGCAGCUCCCUCACUGACGGACACCUCAUCCCAGACUCACUGUAAAGCACUUUCACUAAAUGCCAUUUAAGAAUCUGUCUCUUUGUAGUAGCUUGACCUUCAGUGGGGAAAACUACAGACAUGCCAGUAUUUCUGAUAUGUGAAUCCACUGUUGCUGGUGCUAUGAUGAUCCUAAUGUUCAGAUUUUUCUUCCAUGACUACAUUUAAAAAUCCACUCCAUACUGAGCACCGUAUCUGGUGCCCUAUGCUUCCACUGCAUUUGAAAAUGAAAAAAUGGUGAGAAAAA